AUGUCGAGCUCCAAGCUAUCGGCAGCAACAUUUUUGCUGCUGCUCUCCCCCAUCGGUGCUUUUGGGUACACGAAGAACUACACCGGCGAUGGCGCUCCAAUUGCUCCUUUGAGCCCUCCUUAUUUCCCAUCUCCUGUUACUUCUGGUGCUGGCGAUUGGGCGGAUGCCUAUGUCAAGGCGCGGAACUUUGUUGAUCAAUUGACUCUCUUGGAGAAAGUCAAUCUCACCACCGGCACUGGCUGGGGCCAGAACCACUGUGUCGGAAACGUCGGCACAAUCCCUCGUCUCAACUUCCCCUCCCUGUGUCUUCAAGACUCCCCGCUCGGUGUUCGUAUGGGAACAUACGCUUCCGCGUUCUCCUCGGGCAUGAAUGCUGCGGCAACAUGGGACCGCGGUCUCAUGUACAAGCGUGGGUACGAUAUGGGCGCGGAGUUCAAGGGAAAGGGUGCCAAUAUCGCCCUUGGACCUGUUGCGGGUCCUCUUGGAAGACAUUCUGAGGGUGGUCGUAACUGGGAAGGGUUCUCAGUGGAUCCCUGGUUGACGGGUGUUGGUAUGUGGGAGACCGUUAAGGGAAUGCAGGAUGCGGGAGUCAUUGCUACUGCGAAGCACUUUAUCGGUAAUGAGCAGGAACACUUCCGUCAAUCCGGUGAAUCAAACGGCUUUGGGACUCACGAGCCGGUCCUACAAGCCAUCUCGUCCAACAUUGAUGAUCGCACCAUGCACGAGAUGUACCUCUGGCCCUUUGCUGAUGCCGUUCGUGCCGGUGUCGGUGCUAUCAUGUGCUCAUACCAGCAGAUCAACAACUCCUACGGCUGCCAGAACUCGCACCUCCUCAACGGUCUCCUCAAGGAUGAGCUCAAAUUCGAGGGAUUUGUCAUGAGCGAUUGGGGUGCGCACCACUCUGGUGUUGACUCUGGUUUGGCGGGACUGGAUAUGAGCAUGCCCGGCGACUACACCUUUGGCUCUGGAACCUCAUGGUGGGGCGGAAACCUCACCGCCGCUGUGCUCAACGGAUCCUUCCCCGAAUGGAGACUCGAUGAUAUGGCAACCCGCAUCAUGGCCGCCUACUUCAAAGUUGGCCAGGACCCCGAGACUUACCCCGAGACCAACUUCGAUUCAUGGACCACCAGUGAUUAUGGAUAUCUCCACAACCAAGUCCAGCUUGGAUGGGGUCUCGUCAACAAGCACGUCAAUGUCAUGGGCGACCACCACAUCGGUAUCCGCGAGGUUGGUGCUAAGUCCACUGUUCUCUUGAAGAACGUCGACGGAGUCCUCCCUCUCGGCGGUCAGCGACAGAUUGGCAUCUUCGGAUCUGACGCCGGCGAGUCUCCACUGGGCCCCAACGGCUGCUCAGACCGCAACUGCAACAAGGGAACUCUUGCCAUGGGCUGGGGAUCCGGCACUGCAAACUUCCCCUACCUGAUCACGCCGCUCGAGGCCAUCAAGGCCCGCGCCAUCCAGGACGGCACUGUCGUCCAAUCUGUCCUCGACGACUACGCCUAUGCGCAGAUCAACUCCACGGCCCUGCAGGCCUCUGUCUGUCUUGCAUUUGUCAACUCCGAUGCCGGUGAAGGCUACGUCUCCGUCGACGGCAACGAGGGCGACCGCAACAACCUCACCCUCUGGAACAACGGCGAAACGCUCAUCGCAAACGUCGCCGCAAACUGCAACAACACCGUCGUCAUCAUCCACGCGCCUGGCACCGUCCUCGUUGAGUCCUUCGUCGACCACCCCAACGUCACUGCCAUCAUCUGGGCCGGCCUGCCCGGCCAGGAGUCCGGAAACGCCCUCGUCGAUGUCCUCUACGGCGCCGUCAACCCCUCCGGAAAGCUCCCCUUCACCAUGGCCAAGACGCGUGAAGACUACGGCACCGACAUCCUGUACGAGCCCAACGGCCUCAUCCCGCAGGAAAACUUCACCGAGGGCCUCUUCCUCGACUACCGCCACUUCGACAAGGCCGGCAUCGAGCCGCGCUACGAGUUCGGCUUCGGCCUCAGCUACACAACCUUCGCCUACUCCAACCUCACCAUCAAGAAGGUCAGCAACAGCUCCUACACGCCCAUGACCGGCUUCACCGCCGGCAUCCCCGACAGCAACAAGACCCUCGGCUCGCCCGCCGACUACACCUUCCCCGAGGGCCUCGUCAAGGUCACCAAGUUCGUCUACCCCUACCUCGACAACGCCACCGCCAUCCCAUCGGACUCCACCUACGAGGCGCCCGAAGGCGCAUACGACACCUCGCCGCAGCCCAUCCCGGCGGCCGGUGGCGCGCCUGGCGGUAAUCCCUCGCUCUACGACGUCAUCUAUGAGGUCUCGGCAACGAUCAGCAACACCGGCUCGCGCGGCGGCGAGGAGGUUGCCCAGCUGUAUAUCAGCACUGACCUGGAAGAUGACCCGAUCAAUGUCUUGAGGGGCUUCGAGAAGGUCAGCAUUCCCGCGGGUCAGAGCACCACGGUUACCAUGCACCUGAAUAACAGGGAUCUGGCAAGGUGGGACACGGUGAAGGGCGAUUGGGUCGUGCUGGAUAUCGAGAGGACUGUGAAGGUGGGUAGUUCGAGUCGGAAGUUGCCUUUGAGCGCUACUUUGGCUUAA